UCUGUGAUUUUUUUUUUUCCUCUUGUUUUCCCCAUAGAGAUGUUCUGCACCAGAUGUCCUGCUGGCUGGCAGCAGUUUGCCAAAACCUGCUAUUAUUUCUCCACUGAACAGAAGUCGUGGAUCGAGGCUCGAGCUGCCUGCUCCAUGCUGGGCGCUCAGCUGGCCAUCGUUAACAGCGAGCUGGAGAAUAAAUUUCUGGCCAACCACAUCAUGGAGAUACGGGCUUUCUGGCUGGGCCUGAGUGACAUGCAGAAAGAAGGCGACUGGGAGUGGUUGGACGGCCAAUCCCUCUCUAUCUCGUUUUGGAAGAAAGGUGAACCCAACAACGUGGGGCAGCACGGUGAGGACUGUGCCACCGUGUCCUCCAGCGGGCUUUGGAAUGAUGCCACCUGCACCAGCCCCGAGGCCUGGAUCUGUGAGCGCAGCUGCUGACGGGACGCCCGGAUUCAAAAUGGGGGCAAACAGUAAGAAAAGGAAGAAAACACACACCUACACACACACACAUAUA